AUGUUUCGUGUGUGGAUCACACUCUGUCUCCUCUUGCCAGGUAAUGCUAUCUCUCCACACGUACACCUUUCACUGAAACAUCAAAAAUCCCCUGAUUAAUUUUGCCGUAACACCACUACGAGUGGAAGCAUGUUUUUGAUGUGUCAUAACACUACGCUCACUACAAUGCAUGUCCACUCUACUGCACUUCCAGGGGUAAGCAGCUUCAUGAUCUACAACACCCUCCACAGCAUGUGCUUGGAGGACUUCCCCAAGACGGGCCUGGUUCAGCUGAAGAAAUGCAACCUGGACUCGGAGCUCCAGCAGUGGAUCUGGAGGGACCAGAGUCUCCUGGAGAGUGUGGGGACCUCCAGGUGCCUGUCGGCCUACCACGCUGAACCUGUCCAGACUGUACCCUGUGAGGGGGUAGAGGACGGGGGACACAGGGGUGAUGGGGUGCUGCGGUGGGGGUGUGAGUUGAACAGGCUGAUCAGUCAGAACAGUUCUCUGGAGCUCUCCACGGACGGGAAACGACUGACGCUGUCCCACAGGAGCAAGCAGACCAAGUGGAGGUCUCUGGAUGAAGGGGAUAUAUGCCAGGAGAGGCUCAGUAAGUCAUUGUUGUUACCUCCAUAUUUUGUAAAUCACUUAAUUUACAUUUCAAUUCACUGACUGUUUAACAAAUCCUAACGGCAUGAAAUUGGAUCUUUGUGUAAAUUGACUUACAUGAGUGAAGUUCUAGAAUGAGCCAAAUAAGUACUCCUGAUGUUGAAAAUAGUUUUAAAUCUUUAUCUCCUUUUGAAUGAUUGACUUUGUCACAAGUUAGCAGUUGUUAGAUCGGAACUUUGUGUGAAUUGAUACAGUAUGGGCCUCUCAAACCUAGCCUAGAAGAUAUUAACUCAAUGUCCUUCCACAACAGUCCCUCAGUCAUUGUGGCCACCAUUUUGUCCGCAGAAAAACUAACACAGGGGAUGGUGACGCAACAUGUGUUUGUAUAUUUGUAUUGGCCCCUGCAGGAUCCAAAAGGGCAUCGAGCGAUCCCGAUGAGUUUGAGGUGAGACCAGCGGAAGAGCAGAAAGCAGGGCCUCCUGGUAUGACCGAUGAACAGAAAGAGUUCCUCAGAUGGUUCUAUCGCACUGAGGACCGUAAGUGCCGAUCUUUACAGAGCUAUUGUACUUUUUCCCCACUACCGAGCUGAGCCAAACUAAUGAGGAAGGAAAAUAACCAAGCCAGCACAGUACAGAUAAGGUUAGCAUGAUAGUGUGAAAAGGGUAUUAUUAGUGUUGCAUUUGGUUAAUGUUGUUUCAGGGUAGCGAACUGAUCCAUGGCCAUUGUUUGGGAAAGUACAAGUAAAACAGAUAUGAUUAAUUGUUCUUAAGUAGGCUAUGUGAUAUGACAGCUCUAUUACGUUAUCCAGCUCCAUUACGUUAUCCUACUUGAGCAGGUUGUUCUUUCAGUAUAUACUCAGUUAAUCAGUUUUAACUUUUCAUGGCACUGCACCACUGUAGUGCUGGUGAUGUCUUUUAUGUGAUUUGAUCCCAAAGCCUCCAUAAAAGGGAUUGGUUAUAGUGAAGCACUUUGUCUCUCAGUCAGAUUUACAUGGUAGUAAACUUUUAUUCCCUCCAAGGCUCCAAGUCUGUAAAAAAAAAAGCUGUUAAGUGCACACUUGGUCCAGGUUCUAAUGUUUUUUGUCUUUGAUCACCACUGAAAUUUCCUGUGGGAUUAUAACGGUGGGAAGAUUUUCCGCAGUUACAACUGUGUGUUUUGUUGUCGUCACAGCAACUCCCUGGAAGUUUGCAAUGCUGGCUCUGUCCUUCGCUGCCCUUCUGCUGGGCUGUCUGCUUCUGGGAAUGGGCUCCAUGGCGAACAAGUAAGCACCUAUCUAACACUAACUCAACUUAAGUAGACUAAUGUCUACCCACUCAACUCAAAAAGACUAAUGUAAUACACUGUAAUUCUAUACAAGCAAUAUCCCAUGUGUCUUCAAUUAUGAAACAUGGUGUGGUGAAGAUACUUAUUGUCAGCAACAGUAAAUGAUCCAAACAAAGUGUACAUCCCAAAUAACACCCUAUUUCCUAGCCUUAUGGCCCCUUGUCAAAAGUAGUGCACUAUGUAGGGAAUACGGUUCCAUUUGGGAUGCAACCAAAGGCACUGUGGAACCUAAAUACAGGACCUGUUAUGGAAGGAAACAAAAGCAAUUGCCAUAUUUGUGCGUGCUGGUCUUGCCAUCUUUAUUUACACCACAGUGACUACAUUUCCCAUCAUCCUCCACACAGAAAUAGGAAUAAGAUAGCCAAGUACAAGGCUGCAGCUCUGGCCAUGAAGCCGGAGGCAGAAGAACUACAGGUCAUCGUCACGGAGGUUAGAGGUCAAAGAGCUAACUCAGAGGUCAAACCCGUCAACAGCGCCUCUGUCCAGGUCAGUAUGAGCCAAUCAGAGAGCCCGGUGAGCCAGGCCAAGCCCCUCCAGGACAACGGGGAGGUAGAGGGCUUCAAACCGGGGGACAUUGUGGUGACCUGGAAUGACGGGAACGUGUCCAGCCUAUACCCCGAGCCUGAGGGGGAAGUGGAGGAGUUGGCAGAGGUAGAGAAAGAGGAGGUAGAUGAGGUGGUGGUGGAGGAGGGCCAGUGAUGAAGGGAUGAAAGAGCGAGAGAUAACAGCCAAGUUUCUCAGUACUGCUCCUCUGCAGAGACAGAACAGAAACAUUACAUUUGACAUUUUAGUCAUUUAGCAGACGC